AUGACGCUCUAUGAAUACAACAGCACGGCGACGUCUGGGCGCAUCGUCGAUGCAACCGAGCGCCAUGUGGUCGGUCAUGUGCAAGCGGAGCAAAACGACGACCUCGACGUUCACGAACCGACGGAUUCCGACGCGGAUGACGUCGAGCCCGAAGUACGCAGAGAUCAUAUUCUCUUCGAGUGGAGCCAGAUUCUCAGCAGUGGCAGCGGCACCAAUCAGUCGGAUGAUGACAUUGAAGUGGAGGAGAUCCUCGAUCAUGGCCAAAUUCAGGAGAACGUGCCCAACUGGCCGCAGGAGCCUACAACUGCGAAUCUCAUGGGCCUCCGAGGCAUCAAGAAUCACUAA